AUGCCUGCCAAACGCACCGCCGCCGCCGCCGGCCCCGUCCCCGCACCCUCACCUCCAACUAUACCUUCAUCCUCCACCACCACCGCUGCUGCUGCUCCUGCCUCCUCCUCCUCCUCCUCCCUCUCCUCCGGCCCCAAGACCCUAACCACCAACUCCUCCGUCCUCGACAUCGCCCACACCGUGUGGCAGCAAUACCUCGCCACGACCCCGCAGCGCACGCUCCUGCUCGACGCCUUCAUGGGCUUUUUAGUCCUGGUCGGCGGCGUGCAAUUCCUCUACUGUGUUCUGGCCGGCAAUUACCCCUUCAACGCCUUCCUGAGCGGCUUCUCGGCCGCGGUGGGCCAGUUCGUGCUUACCGCCAGUUUGCGCAUGCAGACUUCCCCUUCUUCGGCUGCGGCUGCGGCGGUCCUGACUCCUUCGGGAAUUAGGGCGUUCGCGGAUUAUAUCUUCGGGAGCUUGAUCUUGCAUUUCUUCUGUAUUAACUUUAUUAACUGA